UGAAGCAUACAGGUGAUGAGCUCUCCUGGAGAGGUCGACGACACACCCACGAUAUCAAAUCUCGCCUUGAUAGAACUCUGGCCAACCUGGCAUGGGCUGAAAUGUUUCCAGCAAGCUGCUGCAAUUACCUCCGGUAUGAGGGCUCGGACCACCGUCCACUCUUGACAUAUUUGGACGCGAAGAAGGUAAAAAAGAGGAGACCGUUCAGAUAUGAUAGGCGACUUAAUGACAAUGAAGAUGCUCGGAAAAUAAUUGAAGAAGCUUGGCAAAAGGGUGCGGAGGAGACUGUUGAGAUCAAGAUAUCGAGAUGCAGGAAAGAAAUCAUCAAAUGGUCAAAAAUUCAAAAAGAAAUCUGCACAAAGGCCAUGAUUCUCAAUCAGCAGGAAUUGGAAAAAGAAUUAUCAGCAGCAGUACCAGACUCUGGUAGGAUUGUGAUACUCACGGAAGCACUAAGCAAGGCGUAUAGAGAGGAAGAGCUUUUCUGGAGGCAAAGGAGCAGAAUCCUAUGGUUGCAAGGAGGAGACAGAAACAGUGCUUUCUUUCAUGCGGUUACUAAGGUCAGAACAGCGAGAAAUCAGAUCACUACCAUUGAGAACGCGGAGGGAGUACCUACAUAUGAAGAGGAAGAUGUAGGGAAGGUGUUCGAGAAGUUCUACCAGCAAUUGUACUCCUCUAAUGGUGAAUCAGAUUUCAGCACAGUGGAAGAAACAAUUACAUGUGGAGUUACAGAAGAGAUGAAUGACUCCAUAUGUAAAAUCCCGGACCAGGAGGAAGUGCGACAAGCCCUCUUUUCUAUAAAUGGAGGCAAGGCACCGGGAGCCGAUGGUUUUUCUGCAAGCUUUUACCAGUCUUUCUGGAGUCUGUUGGGACCAGAUAUUUACCGAGAAAUUCGGAGCUUCUUCACUACGGGUACAAUGACCCCCCGGAUCAAUGAGACUCACGUGUGCUUGAUCCCAAAGAUAGAAGCACCUAAGACGGCCGCGGAAUACAGACCAAUAGCCCUCUGCACAGUGAGAUACAAGAUCAUUGCGAAGCUGCUCACCAAACGUUUACAACAGUUCCUCCCAUCUCUGAUUUCGCAGCAUCAAACAGCGUUUGUUCCGGGUAGAGCUAUCUCAGAUAACAUCCUGGUCACCCAUGAGACUCUUCAUUAUCUGAAGAAUUCAGAAGCAGUGAAAAGGUGCUCCAUGGUCAUCAAAACGGACAUGAGCAAGGCGUACGACCGCAUUGAAUGGGACUUCUUGGAGCAGGUUCUUAGUAAGCUGGGGUUUAGAGAUAUUUGCAUCAGAUGGAUUAUGGAAUGUGUCACUACGGUGACGUACUCCUUCCUCAUAAAUGGAGCCCCGCAAGGAAUGACUACACCAUCACGAGGCCUAAGACAAGGAGACCCACUCUCUCCCUAUCUCUUUAUCUUAUGUACUGAGGUGCUGUCGGGUCUGUGUAAAAUCGCUCAAGGGAAUGGAAGACUGCUCGGAUUACAAGUCUCUCAGAGAAGCCCGUAUGUUAAUCACCUCCUCUUCGCGGACGACACCAUGAUAUUUUGUAAAACGAACGAGAGGAACUGUCGAGCAUUGAGUGAUAUCUUGAAAAGGUAUGAGCUAAGCUCAGGCCAGUGCAUCAAUCAGUCUAAGUCUACCAUUACUUUCUCGUCUAAAACUCCGGAGAGCAUCAAGGAAAGAGUGAAGUCUGCGCUGGGUAUCACAAAUGAAGGGGGUAUGGGAAAGUACUUAGGCCUCCCUGAAACUUUUGGUAGAAGGAAAAAAGAUGUGUUUACUGGAAUGGUUGACAAGAUUAGGCAGAGAUCUCAGUCCUGGACUACUCGCUUCCUGUCGGGUGCUGGAAAACACGUCAUGCUCCAGUCAGUGCUAACGGCACUCCCUACCUACUCAAUGUCUAGCUUCAAAAUCCCAAUAUCUCUCUGCAAGAGAAUUCAGUCUAUCUUGACUCGAUUUUGGUGGGACAGUUCACCAGAUGUGCAUAAGAUAGCGUGGGUAGCUUGGAGUACAAUGGCUCUACCAAAAUCCAUGGGAGGACUAGGCUUCAAAAACUUUGAGGAGUACAACGACUCUCUCUUGGCAAAAUUAGGCUGGAGAAUUAUGCACAACCCGGACUCACUACUGUCAAGAGUUCUCAAAGGAAAAUAUUUUCCAGAUAACUCUUUCUUGGAGAGUGGUGCUAAAUCAGGGGCAUCUCAUGGUUGGAUAAGCGUGAUGGCAGGGAAAGCAGUUCUGGAGAAAGGAUUGGGUUUUAUUGUGGGCAAUGGAGAAAGUAUCAAAGUCUGGUCAGACAGAUGGCUCUCCUCCUCUAAGCCAGAAGCUCCAAUAGGCCCACCCACACUAGACAACCAAGAGCUGAUGGUGGCAGAUCUACUGAACCCGCAGACAAAUGAUUGGGAUUUAGAGAAAAUCCGUUUGCAUUUACCUCAGUAUGAGGAGAAAAUCCGAUUAAUCAUCCCUAGCUCUCUGAAACCAAGGGAUAGACAAGUCUGGUUACCUGAUGCAUCAGGAAUUUAUUCAGCUAAAUCAGGGUAUAGGAAGCUCUUUGAAGAGGAACUGGUACAACCGAACCAGUUUGAUUGGAAAAAGGAAGUGUGGAAUUUAAAGGUACCACCAAAGAUACAACACUUCCUGUGGAGAGUGCUGAAAGAGGCGAUUCCAGUGGGUUCUCUACUAGCGAUAAGAGGAAUACAAUCAGCACUGAAUUGCAAAAGAUGUGGAGAGUUGGAAUCUAUUUCACAUUUAUUCACCUCCUGUCCUUUUGCAGUCCAGUUCUGGUCACAAGUCCCUCUCUUACCUCCAACCGCAAAUCAGGCUCCUAGCCUGUUAUUCUCAGACUGGUAUUCUUCUCAAGUGCACCGAGCAGGCCUUCCCCCUUUAGGAGUGAUCUCAUCUCCACUUGUACCCUGGUUCUUGUGGAAUUUGUGGACAGCAAGAAAUAAGCUAGUUUUUGAAGGGAAAGUGUAUCAGGUGGAAGAUAUCAUAUCAAAGGCAAUAGCAGAAGCCCGAGCUUGGGAGGAUGCAAAUUUAGGAAAGAAGACGUUGCAGUUGAAGCUUCCAUCAGGUAGCUCACAGAAACUCAGCCCUUACUUAUGUUGGAUUGAUGGGGCUUGGCAGGAAUCCUCAAGAUCAGGAGGUAUGGGAUGGAUCAUCAAGAACAGAGAAGGUGCUGUGAUAUGUCGGGGUUCUUCAAACAGAACCCAUGUUGGAUCAGCACUUAUUGCAGAAGCGCUUGCGCUAAGAAAUGCUCUCAAGCAGGCGAAAGAUCUACUCCUCCCAAGCCUCCAUAUUUUCUCGGACUCACAGGUCCUCGUUACUACCCUUUGUGAAGGGCGGGAUAUGAAUGAGAUUGCAGGUAUCCUUACUGAUAUAAGGAACCUUGCCACUCUCUUCUGUCCAAUUUCCUACUCUUUUAUUCCUCGUCUUGAAAACACUCAGGCAGACUCUUUGGCAAGAGCAAGCCUAGCUCGUUUAGUUAUGUAA